AUGUUGGAGCGCCAGCAGCGGCUCGAGUGUGGCCGCCUCCUUAACGCGCUCACCUUCUUCUCCACGAUGCUACAAAGGCACCUUGGACCGUUUUCCUCAGCAACAUUCCUGGUUUUCGCGCUAAUUUUAUCCCUCGCCCAAUCACAGAUUACCGCCACGGAGAACUCUUUCGGGUCUACCAUAAGAGCUAACGACCCUUUGCAUAUCGAUUGGAGCCCUGCACCAGAAGCUGAAGACGGUCCAUCAUUUUCAGCUGGAGCUCUGAGGGACAAGAAGUACCUACCGGUUGAAAUCGGGGGUAUAUUUGCAGCAUACGGGGUGUCACUGGUGCUGGUUGCCGUUACUCUGCUUUCACUCGCGAAAAAGCGACGACAGCAUCUACAGGCAGGACAAGACGACCUCGAAAUCGACAAGCCCAAGUAUAUCUACGGCGUGGAGUCACCGACGAGUGGUGCAAUUAGUCCGUACCUACACUGUCCUGCGCCUAGGGCUUCAGGUCAGGCUUUUCCGUAUCCUCCGCCGUUGAGAACCCAGUUUGACGACAGUUCCCUUCCACCUCACGCACCAUACAUCUAUCCAUCACCAACAUCAAUUGUCACUGCUCCAGGAGUAGACCCUGCAGUAGACCCUGCGGUUGUGUCUGCAGACAGAGAAAUGGCCCAGGAUCAGCUGGAAGCCAUGUACAAACAUGUCAUGGAGCAUGAAGAUGCGAAACAGCGAGGAGUAGUUCUAGAUGCGCCAGUAAUUCCUGGGAUCGGUGAACGCCACUCAAGCUCCGACAAGUCCGUGACCUCUCUUUCUGAGAGAGGCAGAGCAAAGCCAGCCAAUUUGAGCCUUGGCGCGGCGUGCGGAGACAAAGCGCAUUCCAGGACCUCGUCCUUGUUGGCCGCUCUGCGUUCACCUCGGAAGAAGCAGCCGAAAGGGGUGAACAUCUCAUCCCCAAUCAUGACACCACAAUCAGCGACCUUUCCCAGGCACGAGCCACAAGAAAUGAGUGUCAUUCCUCCAAGGACUUAUGCCCCCGCACCACCGCCUCCAAUUCCCACGGACCAGGUACCCUUUGUCGCGCAGGUCAGGAAUAGCGUUGCACCUUCCGCUCCCAAUAUGUCUCCUCAAAGCGUUCAAACCAUAGAUGAGCGUAUUAACGCGCAGCUCGGUCCGUCCGGCAAUUCCAAGUCUGCAUCACGCGCCAUUUCGGAUGUCGACCCAAUUUCAGCUACUUCAGAACACUCGCAGACACCUCUUGUGGGACUACCCUCUUCCCCCAAGCCUGGGGCCACAUUCGCCCUCCUUCCUACGUCACCGAAGCUGGGUGCCACCUUUUCCAGGACAAACCUUCCUUCAGCAGUCCGUACCGGUGGCAAUUUGCCAUUAAGAGCUUAUGAACCAGCGCCCAGCUCUCCUUCGGCUACCUCGCAGGCUACGAAGCAGACCGUAUUCGAGCGAAGGGGUCCGCUUUCACCUACUACUGGAAGAACGCCCAUGACUGCUUGGGCUGUUCCGUACUCGCCUUACCAACCAUUCACGCCGGUCGUGCCCAUCACGCCGUCGCUCGUCACCAAGGAAGAUCGCAAGAGAAUGAGGAGGAUGGUGCCGAAGACGCCAACAGACGCUGCACAAAACUGUCGAGCGCAAAGUCGGAAACGUCCAAGUAGACACGAUGUUAGGGGGAUUCCAACACACAAACCAUCAAGCACGACUGCUGCCUUUCACCUUGUUUUCUGUCGACUUUCACAUUCUUUUUCGUUUCCUUUGUCCUUGCUCUUUAUUGCACGAAAACGAGACGCAGCUGACAGGCCACUCAUUGAUGCUGUUAUGAGCACUUAUACCCUUAGCCACACUUCUUUUUUUUUGUCUUAUUUUCCAUCUCAUAUAUACAUGCCACUGAAUUAUGAUUUGCAAAAAGCAAGGUCUCAGAAACUGGGUUGUAUCAAGUAA